AUCAGGUUGGUGCAAAAAAGCUCUAAAUUUUGUCCGAAAUUAUAAAUUGUUUUGGGUUAACUACAAUAAGUUGAUGCUACUGUUUUGUUAACUUAUUUUUGGACAAUCAUUUCUAAAUUUAUUUUUUUCUUUUAAGUUCGUGGUAUUCAUAUUUUCCACGUUUCUCAGUUAGGGAUAUUUUACGUUUCUUAUCUUGAUUCUGUUUGCGAAUUUUUGCUGAGUUUUGCAAAUGUCAACGAGAAGCGGGAAAGUAUUUCUGAAAUAGUUCGAAAAAUUAGAUACUAAUAUUUGAAGACAUGAAACGAUUAUAAAUACUACAAAAUUGCUUGUGUUGUUGAGCUAAAUAAGUAGUGAAACCAUGUAUUAAAAUAAGAGCAAAAACAAGGUACUAGUUUCUUAACCUAUAAAUCAUAAUAUGGUGCGACAGUGGUAUAAACUGGUUUGUGAACGGGAACGGGUACAAUUACUGGGUACAUUAAACGGCGGACAAAGUUUUAGAUGGAAGUUUAUUGAAAAAGAUGGUGAUAAGAAAUGGAUUGGUGUGUUUGCUAAUCAUGUAUGGAUUUUAAAACAAAACGAUGACAGCAUAGAGUACCAAGUCCACGGUUCAAACAAUGGCGAACCAUUUUAUAACGAUUUGUUGGCUAAUUACUUCCAAUUAAACUUGGAUUUGAAACAAAACUUCACAGAAUGGUCACUGAAGGAUCCCAUUUUCAAAGAAGCAGCAACUCAGUUUUAUGGCAUUCGUAUCCUUAAACAGGAGCUUGUGGAGAAUAUCUUCUCUUUUAUCUGUUCAUCUAAUAAUAACAUUGGUCGGAUUAGUGGCAUGGUGGAGAAACUGGCACGUUUGUAUGGGGAAAAAAUAUGUGAACUUGAUGGACAAGUGUAUUAUUCGUUUCCUCGUGCUGAAGCUUUAGCUAAUGAUAAUGUUGAGAGUGUACUCAAGAAAGAAGGUUUUGGUUAUAGAGCAAAAUAUAUUCAUGAGUCGGCGAAACUUAUGGUGAGAAAAGGUGGAAAACGUUGGCUAGAGGAUUUAAAGAAACUUCCUUAUGAAGAGGCAAAAAAUAAAUUAAUGACUUUAACAGGAAUAGGACCUAAAGUAGCUGAUUGUAUUUGCUUGAUGUCACUUGACCAUUUACAAUCAAUUCCAGUAGAUACACACGUUUAUCAAAUUGCGCGAAAAUUCUAUAUGCCAAAUUUACCCAAACGCAAGGCUGUGACUGCAAAAAUCUACAAAGAUAUUGGAGAUCAUUUUCGGGAAUUGUAUGGACCAAAGGCUGGAUGGGCACAUACAGUCCUUUUUUGUGCUGAUUUAAAGAAGUUCCAAAGUGAUGACAAAUAAAACAAAGUUUAUAUCAAUUCGUGACUUUAUUAUUAUAAUCAUUAAAUUCAAACUAUUUCAAAGC